GCGGGGCGACGUCCACGUGGCACCCUGGGAAACUGAGAACAAGAUCGGGACAUUCUCUCGUGUUUCGAGAACAACACCAUAGUCGGACGAGACGAGUAUCGACGAGGCGCUAGAGGCGCUAUGGCGGCCGUCGUCCAGACGAACACGCCGGCAAAGGCGCCCGCCGAGGCAUCACCCUGGAAGCCUCGUCUGCUCUGGCGCGGCUCGUUGGUAUUGGCCGAUGGGACCGCGCUCCCCGGCGUUGCCUUUGUCUCGACGUGCCAGCCUUACUUUGCCUCUUCUCCCGCUGCGCCAUCUUCUUCUUCCCACGCAGACGGAGCACAGAGGAAGGACGCGUCCACGAUGACACGGGAGCAGGAAGCCGAUGUGUGUCUCUCAAUCGAGAUGGUCCGACACGCACCCUUACCCAUCCUUGACGUGGUCCCUUCGUCGUCCGACCACGACGACCCAAGUGCCAGUGUAUCGUUCACCUACCAGAUUGGGACAGGCAUGCGCGCAUACAUCGAUCCAAAGUGUCACUCGACAGUGGCUUAUUUCGAACGCACCUUUUGCUACCCUUCAUCCGAGAAGCCCAUCUGUAGACUUGAAUUUGCAACAAUAGACGAUUCUAGUCAUAGCGAGAGCGGAAAUGCAAACGGUCAGAGAGAUAAACGUUGCUGGACCCCACUUUCAUCAUGAUGGGAAGGGCCAGUAGUAAUUGCAGAGUAGUAGGAACGACGUGCGCCGACGACAGAGAUGACUAGAAAAGGGGGGCAGGGAUCGGCAUGGGAACACGACCAGGUGUAUAAGGUGACGUGGAAGGAUGAGCAAGAGGGAGGGGGAAGGGGAGGAAGUGGUAUCGAUCA